CAUGGCCAGCCUCCAAAGCCUCCAACGUCGUCUAUCCCAGCCCUGAUUACUCCACGUGCACCAAGCAAUGGAGCUACAAUCGAAUCGUCGCGGCAAGGCCUCUGCCCACACGGUGCCUAGCCGGCAUUGGCAAUGAGCUUCUCAUCCUUGUUCGAACAUACAGACCUUUCCUGCAGCGCACUACUACUGUGAGCUUCCCAGAGAUAAAAGACCUCCCAAUGCCCUGGUAUCUGGGAUCUUCACGCUGCAGAGUCAAUUCCUCUUCUCACCCCCAUCCUCAUCCUCUUUAAGCCGUUGGGUACGACCAGACAAUCGCUCAAGAUGCACUCUCUCUUCACCUCAGGUCUGCUUAUCGCAGCGGCCUCUGCUGCUGUCGUCCCCAAGUCCACCGGCUACCCUACCCCCGGCAAAGGACACCACGGGAGGAACAUCAAUGUCCAGGUUGGCUCUCGACCAGAGUGGUUGGUCCACAACAUGGAUGAGGGUGAAUUGAAAGAGAAGCUCCUCUCCUGCUCGGAGGGUCCCUUCACGACUUCCGACUUCACAUUCUCUCACCGUGGUGCUCCUCUCCAAUUCCCCGAGCACACCAUUGAGGGAUACCGUGCUGCCAGGCGUGAAGGUGCUGGUGUUGUCGAGUGUGAUGUUGCUUUCACCAGUGACAAGCAGCUUGUCUGCCGUCACUCGCAUUGCGAUCUUCACACUACCACCGACAUCCUUCUGCACCCAGAACUCGCAGCCAAGUGCACCACUCCCUUCGAGCCCGCCUCCAAUGGCACGGCUGCCAAGGCGAAAUGCUGCACUUCCGACAUCACUGUCAAGGAGUUCAAGACUCUUUGCGCAAAGAUGGACGGUUUCAACCCCAAUGGCACCACCAUUGCGGAGUACAUGGACGGAACUCCCCCAUUCCGUACCGAUUUGUACAGCGACAGCGUCUGCGGCACGCUCGCCACUCACGACGAGUUCCUCGAGCUCAUUGAUGGCUGGGGUCUUAAGUUCACAUCCGAGCUGAAGACUCCCGAGGUCAAAAUGCCCUUCAAUAACUACACCCAGGCGCAAUUCGCCCAGGACCUGGUCAACGAGUACAAGGCGAGGAAUAUCGACCCUAAGCGCGUCUUCCUCCAGUCUUUCCUCCCUGACGACAUCUUCUACUGGAUUGACAACGAGCCCGCCUUCGGCGAACAGGCUCUCUACCUCGACGAGCGUGUCGAUACCCCCGAGGGCUACGUCAACGCCACUGGCUCCAUGGACGAGCUCGUCAAGCGCGGUGUCAAGAUCCUCGCGCCCCCGAUCUUCGCUCUCGUUUCUCUUACCGAGGACAACUCCACCGUCAUCCCCUCCGACUAUGCCCUUGCUGCUAAGAAGGCCGGCCUCGAGAUCACCUCCUGGAGUUUCGAGCGCUCUGGUUUCCUUAACAAGGGCGGCGACUACUACUACCAAUCCGUCGCGCCUGCCAUCAACAACGACGGUGACAUGUACACCGUUCUUGAUGUCCUUGUCCAGCAGGUCGGCAUCAAGGCCAUGUUCUCUGACUGGCCUGCGUCCGUCACCUACUACGCCAGCUGCUUCGGUUUGUAAAUAAGAGAAGAGAAAAGAAGAGAAGCCAUGUGUUGUAUCGUAUAGAAACUCGACAUAGGCGAUGUAUAUAGAGCUCAUGCAUGGGCGUGGACGUAAUGUCUAUUGAUGUCAAUACGCGGUUCAUGCCGUGUCCCGUUGAUGACAGUAUGAAAUGAACAAAAUGAA